AUGCAGUUGGAGGCCACCGACUUCACGCUUCCCGGCGAUGAGAGUGACGGCGGUCUGACUAUUGCACUCACCCGCUACCGACCUACCCCUGCCACGGCACCGGCAGCCGCUCAGGACCGUUUGUCCUUGAUAUUCGUUCACGGCGUAUCGUCCCACAAGGAGUCGUGGAAACCAACGAUUGCGCACAUAUUUAGCUUACAGGCCGCUGCGCCUAAUAACGCAUUCGCGAUUGUCGAGGCGUGGUCGAUGGACGCGCCGAACCAUGGUCGAGCCGCCAUCAUCAACGAGCAGCGCUUGCAAACGCGCCCGCCAGGACUGACCGCAUACCAGUGGGGUCGCGCCGUUCAGAUUCUGCUCAAGUCCGGCCUCAUCGCCGGAAAUGGAGUCGUCGGGAUCGGACAUUCAGCUGGCGCAUGCGUGAUGGUCUUAUCGACGACCGGGUACCCCGCUUCGCAUUUACCUUACCGCUCCGUGAUUCUGGUCGACCCGCCGAUGAUGACGAAAGAGAUCCUGGACCGCUCGAUGCAGCGCAACUCUCCUCUCAUCGGAGUCAUCGAACUAGCGAAGAACAGGAAGGAUAUCUGGCCGUCGCGCUCCGCUGCCCGCGAGUGGCUCGCGAAGCGCAUGCCGUGGAGACGCUGGUCGCAAGAGGUCCUCGAUCUCUACGUCGAACACGCGCUUCGGGAGCUCCCGACGGCGACCUACCCAGAUCGCAAGGAGGGCGUGACCCUGUCCUGCACGCGCGAGCAAGAAUCGGCGGGCUACAUCUUCCAUCAGGACGGUAUAGAUAGCCUUGAGCGGCUGAAAGAGCUCUGUCCUGCCAUACCCGUGCACUGCAUCUUCGGCGGCAAGUCAGACCUUGUUGCGGAAGAGACGCAGCAAGCGAUCGUGGACGAGAACGAAGGGCGCAGGAUGGCGACCAUCACCAGGGUCGCCGGCGCUGGACAUUUGGUCGUUCAGGAAGAUCCGAAGGGUCUCGCACUGGCUAUAUGGGGGACCCUCCAUUCCAACCGCGAACCGAGAAGCCGCCUGUAAACCAAACCACUGCUGAGUAGGUUUGUAUGAUUAUAUACCCUGUGUGAACCAACGGGGCGAUGCCCGUGUAUCAUCCAUGAUGAGGACGAAACCGUCACCGUUGUACGAUUCAUGAUGGACUCUCAAUCAAGGUCUUUUUGCGUGC